AUGUCUCUCACAAAUGUCAACGAGAUCAUCCUUGUGCUUUCCGGCAAGGGAGGCGUUGGAAAAUCAAGCGUGACUACACAGCUGGCUCUCACCUUGUCGCUGAGAGGGCACUCGGUUGGCAUACUGGACAUCGACCUGACUGGGCCGUCUAUGCCAAGAUUCCUCGGCAUCGAAUCUUCGAAGGUCAAACAAGCACCUGGUGGCUGGUUACCGGUACCUGUGCACGAAACCAAGGACACAACCUCAAGCACAUCAGAAAACAGCAAGCAUGUUGGAUCUCUUCAUUGCAUGUCGCUUGGCUUCUUGCUUGGUAACCGUAACGAUGCGGUGGUCUGGCGUGGACCAAAGAAAACGGCAAUGGUCCGACAGUUUCUCUCAGAUGUUCACUGGGGCAAGCUGGACUAUCUACUAAUCGAUACACCUCCCGGCACUUCGGACGAACACAUCUCGCUUGUGGAGACUCUCAUGAAGAACGCAGCGCCUGGUCAAGUAUCAGGGGCCGUGGUUGUGACAACCCCACAAGCCAUCAGUGUCUCCGAUGUCAGGAAGGAGAUCAAUUUCUGCAAGAAGACCGGCAUCAAUAUUCUAGGUGUUGUUGAGAAUAUGGCCGGGUUCGUGUGCCCAAAUUGCGCGGAAUGCACCAACGUAUUCUCGAAAGGCGGUGGUGAAGUCAUGGCCAAAGACUUCAGUGUUCCCUUCCUUGGCAGUGUACCUAUCGAUCCGGCUUUCAUUUCUCUUAUCGAAGAAGGCAAGCGACCAACUUAUCCUGAAGGUACGGUCGUUGCUGGUCAGGAGGUGUCUGAGCAGACCAAAAUGCCCGAGAACGACGAUGGUUCCCUGGUAGAGAAAUACCAGAGCUGCUCCUUAUUCACAAUCUUCGAUAAUAUUGUCGGUCAACUGGUCGCCAACAUUCAACCUUGA